CCCAAGCGAAUUCACUAGAAACGUCAACGAACCAGUGAACAGAAGCGGAGCAGACCAAAAUCCCAAACAAGGAAAUGAUGGGGAUGAAAACGCUUAGAUUAUCAAAUUAAUGUAUUUAUUAAUUAAUUAAUAUUUAAAAACAUGUUUUUUUUAUUGUAAAUUAAGACAUAUUUAUGGGUUAAAACAAAAUGGACUACGACUUCAAAACGAAGCUUGCGGCCGAGCGGGAGAGAGUGGAGGAUCUGUUUGAAUUUGAAGGUUGUAAAGUGGGUCGAGGCACCUACGGGCAUGUUUAUAAAGCCAAGCGCAAAGACAGGAACGAUGAGAAGGAGUAUGCACUGAAACAAAUUGAAGGUACUGGAAUAUCUAUGUCGGCUUGCAGAGAGAUUGCGCUCUUGAGAGAAUUGAAACACCCCAAUGUGAUUGCACUGCAGAAAGUGUUCCUUUCUCACAGCGACAGGAAGGUCUGGCUCCUGUUUGAUUAUGCAGAACAUGAUUUGUGGCAUAUUAUAAAAUUUCACCGUUCCUCGAAAGCUAAUAAAAAACCCAUGCAGUUGCCAAGAGGAAUGGUCAAAUCACUGCUUUAUCAGAUUCUUGAUGGGAUUCAUUACCUACAUGCAAACUGGGUGCUUCACAGAGACCUUAAACCAGCCAACAUCCUGGUAAUGGGAGAAGGCCUUGAAAGAGGAAGAGUCAAAAUAGCUGACAUGGGGUUUGCAAGACUGUUUAAUUCACCGCUUAAGCCUUUGGCGGAUCUGGACCCUGUGGUAGUAACGUUUUGGUAUCGUGCACCAGAAUUGUUGCUAGGAGCCCGACAUUAUACUAAAGCCAUUGAUAUAUGGGCGAUUGGCUGUAUCUUUGCUGAGCUUCUCACGUCAGAACCUAUCUUUCACUGUCGUCAAGAGGAUAUCAAAACAAGCAACCCCUUUCACCACGACCAGUUGGACAGGAUCUUCAGUGUCAUGGGGUUCCCAGCAGAUAAAGACUGGGAAGAUAUCAGAAAAAUGCCGGAAUACCCAACACUUCAGAAAGACUUCAGGAGAACAACGUAUGCAAACAGCAGCCUCAUUAAAUAUAUGGAGAAACAUAAAGUAAAACCAGACAGCAAGGUUUUUCUUCUGCUCCAAAAACUGCUCACUAUGGAUCCCACGAAAAGGAUCACCUCGGAGCAGGCUCUGCAGGAUCCAUACUUCCAAGAGGACCCUUUACCUGCUUCUGAUGUGUUUGCUGGCUGUCAAAUCCCAUACCCCAAAAGAGAAUUUUUAAAUGAAGAUGAACCAGAAGAAAAGAUUGACAAGAACCAGCAGACCCAGCAGCAGACGGGCCCAGCGCAGGCUCAGCAGCAGAGCAGCACGCAGACAAACGGGACAGCAGGAGCUGGGGGGGGCACAGCGGGGGCAGAGCUGCAGCACAGCCAGGAUCAAGGGCCUCCCAACAAGAAACCUCGCCUCGGGCCCUCCGGAACCAGCACGGGCGUCCUGCAGUCGGAAUACCAGCACUCAAGUUCCCGCCUGGGUUACCAAAGCAACGUCCAGGGGCCAUCACAGUCCCAGAAUACUAUCGGAUACUCAACUUCAUCUCAGCAGAGCUCUCAGUAUUCACACCAAUCACAUCGGUACUAAUGAGCAGGUGUGUGUGCGUGUGUGUGAGAGAGAGAGAGCAUGCGUGUGUGUGUGUGUGUGUGUGUGUGUGUGUGUGACAGAGAGAGAGAGAGAGCGUGUGCCUGCGUGUGGGUGUGUGAGCUGCAACUCCAUGUGGACUCCAGUCACCAGGCUCCAGCAAUAUGAAGUGAAAUGGAACUGCAGAGAAACCAAAAAAAACUGACCCAGAGAACUUUCUUUUACCCAGAGGUUUUGGGUAGAAUAUAUUAUCAACAAAAAAAAAAAAAAAAUGAAAGAAAACUACUUUCAGCAAGAUGAAGAAAAAAGUCUGAAAUUGUGUGCAUAGGUUCAGCACGCAGGUCUGUCUGACCCAGUCCUUUAUGCACAGAAGACCAGUGUGAACCGUAGCUCUUCGACUAGAAUUGCAGCUCUGUGUAUAUCUAUACAGCACCUUUUCUAUUUGGUAACUAGACCCUGUUUUUUUGUUUGUAGAGUUUUAAGUUUACUACAAGCUUAUUGUUUUGUAAAUGAUUUUGUAUACUAGACUUAUGGGAUGAGAAACACAGGAGAACGCCAUUAUGUUCAAGGAAACCUUUUCAUGCACUGUACAGUUUUACUCUUGGAUGUCAUUACCUGACUCUUUCUCUGCAAUCUACUUUUUUAAAAACGACUUCUUACAAGCGGCAGCUGAUGACCUUGCAGGGAAUACUGUUUGUGCAAAGAUAUGCUGAGAGAUUCCACUCCUCUUUCAGUAGCUUUUUUAGAGAGAAGCACAGCAACCGACCGUACGCUGGGCAAUAAAACCGAUCAAGCUGCUGUGCCACACCAGGUCAAAUACUCCCUGCUUUACUGGAAAGCCAGACUUUUAGCCGCCUUCAAAUGCUGCCACAUCAAUGGUAUCGGACAAUAUUGUCAUUGGGGUCAUUUCCAGUGUGAAGAAUCAUUUCAUUCAUCUCAAUCGAGGGUCAUCAUUUCUGAAAAACCAUAUUUGGCCUAUAUCACUGUACAAAAGGGGUCUUUUUUGCGAUCUGAGCAUUGCUUUUUUAAAAUGCAAAGUUACUAAUGCAACAGACAGAGCAUUAUCAUUAAAACUUGUCAUACUAUUUUUUAACUGGCCCCUACAGGUUUUCAUUGUGCCAUUCAUAAGGUAAAGAACAGUAUAGUGAAACCUCGAUUAACACUGCCCUUGUACAGCAUGUCAUUCAGGUCUUACCUGUCUUUUACCCCUGGAAAAAGAUUUCUAAACUUAGACCUGGUCGUUGUGUUUGACUUUUAGACCCACAGUUGGAAUAUUAAAUCAGUGUGUUUAUUUUUUUUAUAGGCACUUAUUGUUAAAGCUUCCCCUUUGCGUGCUUUCUAUCCUGUUUCAUGACGUCAAGCAAAACGUCAUUUUGGAAGCAAACCUCAUCUUCAAAUGGGGAGCACAGGAAUACGAAACUGAUGCCACAGUGACCUCUUGUGGCUGGAUAGGGACACUGAUUGUUAACGUGGGAAACCCUUUUAGAAGCAGUAAGUGUGCCGCUUCGAAUCAGCCGUGCUAUCCACUGACACGCCUAUAUGAAAAACACAUCAUUAAAGUGGCUCCUAGUAUAUGUGAAUCAAACCAGUGCUUGUAAUGGGUCUGUACCAACGUAAGUGAUGCCGACUCAAUUUGAUUCCCGAAAUUUGGGAAUUGGUUCUUGAUAUUGCUGUUAACU